AUUGAAAUACUGUUUCUGUUCCUAUAUUCCGCACGUUUGAUAGCAGACGCAGCCUUUUCUAGGGUGGCCUAUGUGCAACGAGGAGUUUGUAAAUUUCGUCAUUAUAAAAUAUAAAUUUCUCUAUUAGAAUGACCAUGAUUUCAAAGGCUGCAGUGGGUAUUGCUGUUGGUAUAGCUGGAAUAUUUGUUGGAUAUUGCUUUUACUUUGAUCAAAAGCGUCGUAGUGAUCCUGAUUUCAAAAAGAAAUUGCGUGAACGUAGAAAAGCAAAAAAACAAGCACAGAAUGCUACUUCAAAGAUUCAAGAUUUAAAAGAUCAUGAAGUUGUACAAAGAUUUUUCCUACAAGAGGUGCAAUUAGGAGAAGAAAUGCUUUCAUGUGGUGAUAUAGAAGGAGCAGUUGAACAUUUAGGAAAUGCAGUUGCAGUAUGUGGACAGCCAGCACAAUUGUUACAAGUUCUUCAGAAAACACUGCCACCACAAAUUUUUCACCUUUUAUUACAACGAUUACAACCUAUUAGUCAGAAAUUAUCAACACAAAUUGCAAUGGCUGAGGAAGAUGUUGAGUAAAGUACUAUACAAAUUGCGUUGAAUAAUUCAAAAUAAAAUUUAACUAUUAGUAGAAAAUGUAUGUUUUUUUUUUUUUUUGAUGAUGUAGAUCAUUUGCAUAACUUUAAUUUGGUCAAGCUUUUUAAUUAUAUAUCUUGGUCUCCUCAUCUAAACUUCCAUAUAAUCCUUGGUAAUUAUAUAUUAUCAAUGAAAAACAUGAUUCACUUAUAUGCAUUUAAAUUAUAAAUGGAAGAAAUUUUUGUAUUAAUUUCUAAAUACAAUCUAUUUAAAAAUUUUUAUUAGCUAUUUUUAAAAUUGUGACUGCCAUAUUAAGUUAUACUGUGCAAAUAAAAUAUGUGUUAUUUAAAGUGGCAGCAAUAUACAUAUACAUAUAUAUAUAUAUAUAUAUAUGUAUAAUAUAUAUAUAACAUAAUCUAGAAAGAUCUCUAGUCAUACAAGAUUUUCUUUAUAUCUCUUUACAUAUAUGACUACAAUAAAUUAUUCAUAUUUGUUAAAUGUUUCACAAUUUUAAGAGUGAGCAGAAGUG